AUGGGUAAACAACAUCCAUGCAUUGCCUGGGUUCCAAUCCUUUGGGAUAUGUUAUUGUCAACAAAAAAUAAAGCCGAGGAUAGUGUUGAAGAGGAUCCUCCUCCUGUCCCUAAUCUUCGUUCGGAUAUCAUCACCAACACACUCCCUAAUCUUCCUGCUUAUAUCAUCACCAACACACUUGACAGAUAUCCUUUUUCGGAAUUCCCUCAAUUGAUUAGAGCAAUUGAGAAGAGUCGUCCUAUCCCUCAUCUUCCUUCUGAUAUCAUCUCCAACAUACUUAGUCGACUUCCAGCUAAGUCCAUCUUCCAGCUCUGGCAGCAAACUAAUCAACAAUGCUUAUUAUAUCAAUUAACCACGGAUCCGUACUUCAUGCGUACCCACCUAGACCGACGCCCAGCUACUCCGACCAUUGUUGCGCAAUCUAGUCCACAAUCCAUUGACAAUAACAUCAAACUUUUCCUUUUUGAUGGUAUUCCAUGUAACGAACAUUGCAAUAAUAUUGAGGAGGUCACAAGCUUGGAUCUUAGAUCAUGGAAUUGCAGGAGACCAAUUUAUAUCUGCGGUUCAUAUGAUGGGUUUCUUUUACUCAGUACGAUCAACGGUUGCCAGAAGCCAAUUUUCUGUAUUUGUAAUCCGAUUACAAAAGAACAAGUCAUUGUGACUUCCCCACCGUGUGUUAUUCCAGACCCUAGGGUAGUGGGGCCGAUCCGUCAAAACCCAGAGACAUGGGUUUGUGGAUUUUACUUCCAUCCAUGCAAAAAGGAGUACGAAGUGAUUUGUGUACGUCUGUUAACUGGUACCAACAUUUGGGUCUAUCAGAUUCUUAAUUUAAGAACGAAGCAGGGACGAAGUGUUGGUAGCUGCUCUUAUCCUCCAUGUAGAAGAAGAUUACCAGUAUUUAUUAACGGAACGUUUUAUUGGAUGGUCAACCGUGGCAUGUAUUGGGUGGAGAACGGUGUUUACCCUAGCCUAACCAACUCUAUAUUGUCAUUCAAUUUAGAAACCGAGGAAUUUAAUACCAUGGAAGUCGUUAAGCCAUCUAAUGAAUCUUCCAUGCAUAGAGACGCAGAUUUUGAACUUUUUGAUUUGGAUGGCGAAUUAGGCCUAUUUGAUCCUUUGUCGUCUACUGACCCUCAAGUGGCGGUCAUAUGGGUGUUUAACUACAAUGCCAAGCGUUGGGAUAAAAAACACUUGAUGACGUCGUCCCCGAUUCGCAAGUACUGGACGUCUUUCAGAGAAAUUGACUACGUUAAGAUGUCGGGCGAAUUCAUUCUACAUCCUUGGCACAGCUUAGAUAAAGAAUGGUAUGUUUACACUCUGCGUUUAGGUACUUGGAAGGUGUUUAACCGGAAGACAUCUGAAAAACAUGGUUACGUAACAACAAUUCAUACUCAUAGUCUUGUCUCUUUGGAUGCUGCGGAUUCAGUCAUACCAAUACAGUGGGAGUAUACGUAA